AAAUAUUUAGAGUAUGUAUUCGUGUAUAUUUGUUAGCUCUGAUAACCAGACAGACUUGUUAUUCAGUUGGAGGCAACUGAACUCUUUAUCUACUUAUACCUACUGGUUCGAAGUGGGUUUGCUGCUUCUCCUCCCUUGACCCACCUGCAGGAGCUCAGAAUCCUGGGGAUUGGGGUGUAGGAUGCGCCAUGCCUUGGGAAGGACUCCCUAACAAGCCCGAGAGUGAAGAGAUUGAAGAAAAGGGGGUUGAGCUGGUAGACAUAAAAGGUGAGCGUGAGAGCUGGGAGGAGGGAAGCCAAGCCAAGACCUUACCGUGGGGAAGAGAAAAUGUCCUGCCAGGAUGGGGUGGGGCAGCGUGAUGCAGGUGCCCGCCUGGGGGAGAGGUUGGGGAUGGGUCUGGAAGGCUUUCUCCUCCUUCCCCAACCCCAACCCUACGUGAGUUUUCUGGAGCUUUGGCUUUCUCCACUGUGCAGUCUGGGCUGUGGUUCAGACUUUUUAUGUAGGUCCGCAUUCAGUAUUGUUUUCCCUUUGUCCUCUUACAGCAACUUAUAUGAACCCACCCACCAACAAUAAUUACAACAAAUAAAACCCUCACUCACCCCAAACCACUGUCAACCAAGCAGUACACCCUCUUCCUCACAGGGUCAGGUUACUCUUCCCACCCAAACUUCCAGCCCAAGUACUCAAAUGCAAAGGGUCCUGGACAAGAGUGGGCAAGGGUUCUCAACCAACUUUGGAAAUUUGGGACUCUCUUCUAAGAUAUGGUUGACCUCCAGGGAAUUUCUGAUCACUCACCCCUGGUGGCAGGGGGCAGGGCACUCUUCCUCUUGAGGAAAGGUAUUUAUGGACCCCCAAGUCCCUUACUGUGAGCCUGGGGUGAGGGUGGGGGGCCUAAGCACUGGAGCAGGGCAGGCAGUGAGCGGUUCAGGGCCUCUCUCACUCCAGUCCUCAGAGAAAGCCCUUAUUUGCAAAUGGGGACCCUCUCCUGCAUCCUAAAGGUAGUGAGAGACAAGUGGGCAAUCUCCUGCCUUUGGUCUUUCUCUCACGAGGGCUUUAUUUUUUUUCCUUUCCCCUUCUCAUUCCCUUAAUUGCAGAUGUUCUAAUUAAACCCUCAAAUAGUUGUUAUGCCGUUUUAAAAGGUACUUAUUCAAGUGUCAACCAGGCUGGGCUGGGAGGAGGCAGCAUAGGGCGGCGAAUUAAAGGUAGAUUGACUAAUCACGGCGGCGAUCAUAAUAAUAAAAUCAGAGGGAAAAAAAUCACAUUACGACUUUUCGUGGAAAGGAGGGAACAGGCAGCCAGCGGCCGCCAGCCCUGCACUGCCGCCGACACAAAGAGCGCGGCGAUUCCGCGAGACUGAUUUAUGACGUUUUACAGCCCUAUAAAAGCUGUAGCGACGAGGCAAGCGCUCCUACCACCGCUGGCAGAUUUAGUCUAAUAAAUAAAACAUAAACAGUUAACUUUAUGUGUCACUUUUAUUGUUAUCAAGUAAAAUAUAGCUGAGCCCCGGCAAGCUAUGAUUUUAAACUAUAAUUGUUAUCAAGUACAACAGGGGGACCCGGCUCCCUCCCUGGGCUCUCCCUUCUGCCACCCCCCAACUCUGACUUAUGGGAUCAGCUAAUUGGAAUUGGUGGCAGGACGUGGCCAUCCCUAGCUGAGGGGGGUUGGAAAGCAGCCCUUCCUUGCCCCCUCCCUCCUCCAUGGCCCUGCCACCCAGCCAUCAGGGUCUUCCUGUGGGUGGGUGGCAGAGAAGAGGGGAGAGGGCGGGAAUGGACUGGAGACCCCUAAGGCUGGCCCAGCCUCCCCAGCUUAGUGAGCUCACCCCUCAGCUUUUGGAAGGCAGCCUGGAGCUGGCUCUUGGGAAUGUGUGUUUACAUGUAAACACAUGUGUUACAUGGAUACAAUCCCUAGCCCGGAAGCAGGCUGUACCCACACAGGCCUCGCUCCUAGCUGGAUAUACCCUCUGUGGGGAUGGAGAAAGAAGAGCUCCCAGGGCUUUGACUGGGCACCACCACAGGGCACUGACUCCGGCAGACUCUCCUCCCUGCCCACAGCUUCUCAGGAAGCAGCCUUGGAGGUGGCUGUCAGAAAGCAGAAGGCCAGAAGGAAUGGAGUAUGGAAACAGCAGCCAGCAGAAGAGAUCCUCUGUUCUGGGGCCAGGCGGGGGGCUUAACCCCCAGACCUUCAGAAAUGACGUCAGAAUCAUUUGCAUCCCGCUGCCUCUACCUGCCCGGUCCAGCUGGGACCCUGCCUUGCCAGCCCCUUGGCCAGAGGGUUGGAAAUUAAUGAUCAUGAGCUCGUAUUUGAUGGACUCUAACUACAUCGAUCCGAAAUUUCCUCCAUGCGAAGAAUAUUCGCAAAAUAGCUACAUCCCUGAACACAGUCCGGAAUAUUACGGCCGGACCAGGGAAUCGGGAUUCCAGCAUCACCACCAGGAGCUGUACCCACCACCGCCUCCGCGCCCUAGCUACCCUGAGCGCCAGUAUAGCUGCACCAGUCUCCAGGGGCCAGGCAAUUCGCGAGGCCACGGGCCGGCCCAGGCGGGCCACCACCACCCCGAGAAAUCACAGCCGCUCUGCGAGCCGGCGCCUCUCUCAGGCGCCUCCGCCUCCCCGUCCCCAGCCCCGCCAGCCUGCAGCCAGCCAGCCCCUGACCAUCCCUCCAGCGCCGCCAGCAAGCAACCCAUAGUCUACCCAUGGAUGAAAAAAAUCCACGUUAGCACGGGAGCGACUCUGGGUUAGCACAAUUGAACUGGAUUUACGAGCGAGAAUGG